AUGAACAUGUUAGCUUCAUCAUCUCCAUCAAAGAUGCUUCUUCUUCCCACCACAUCAAUUCCAUCGAUUCGACCCAUCAAAACCAACUACAUCAAGAUGAAAACAAACCGUUUUACUGCUUCUGCUGUUGUGGCUGAAGAUGCCGUUUCUCCACAGUCCUCUCCUUCUCCCCAGUCUCCGCCUCAAUCUCAGAAGCUAGGAGUUGUUGUGAAACCAACAGUCAGACCAAGACUUGUGCUUAAGUUCAUUUGGAUGGAGAAGAACAUCGGUAUUGCACUUGACCAAAUGGUACCUGGCCACGGAACCAUUCCUCUAAGCCCUUACUACUUUUGGCCAAGGAAAGACGCUUGGGAAGAGCUCAAGGAGUUGCUAGAGAGUAAGCCAUGGAUAUCUCAAAAGCAGAUGAUUAUUCUUCUCAAUCAAGCCACUGAUAUUAUCAAUUUGUGGCAACAAAGUGGUGGUAAUUUGUCCUCCUAA